UGCCAUGUUGUUGUGUUAUUUUCAGGGGCAGAGUUUCCAGCUGUCGCUGUCUGCGGACUCAGCGGUCUCUGAGGAGGAGGGGGCACUGCUUUACUUACGUUAUCUGGAAUACAACUGAACUUCAAGUCGGUGUAAAAGUUAUCGGACAACGAGAGGAGCUGUCGAGGAAAGGAAACUGUCACUUUCCAUUUCCAGUCCCUGACCAGAGCAGCUUGUAAAGUCAAAGAGGGAUUCAUCACCUUAAUCUGUCGGAGUGAGUUUCCUACUGGCAAGUGAGGUGAAGAUGGUGGACCGGCUUGCGAACAGCGAGGCCAACUCCAAGCGGAUUGCGGUGGUGGAGGGCUGCUUUGGCGCUGCCGGCCAGCCGCUGGCCAUCCCCGGGCGCGUGCUGAUCGGCGAGGGCGUCCUCACCAAACUCUGCCGCAAGAAGCCCAAGGCGCGCCAGUUCUUCCUCUUCAACGACAUCCUGGUCUACGGCAACAUCGUCAUCCAGAAGAAGAAGUACAACAAGCAGCACAUCAUCCCGCUGGAGAGCGUCACCAUCGACACGGUGCCGGACGAAGGCGACCUGCGCAACGGCUGGCUCAUCAAGACUCCCACCAAGUCCUUCGCCGUCUAUGCUGCCACCGCCACAGAGAAGUCAGAGUGGAUGAACCACAUAGGGAAGUGCGUGGGAGACUUGCUGCAGAAGAGCGGCAAGGCCCCGACGGGCGAGCAUGCGGCCGUCUGGGUGCCCGACUCGGAGGCGACCGUGUGCAUGCGCUGCCAGAAGGUGAAGUUUACGCCGGUCAGCCGCCGCCACCACUGCAGGAAGUGCGGCUUCGUGGUUUGCGGGCCGUGCUCAGAGAAGAAAUACCUCCUGCCCAGCCAGUCGUCCAAACCCGUCCGUGUCUGCGAGUACUGCUUCGUGCAGCUGACGUCAGAAGGCCUCGCGCCGCGUUCAGACUCCAUCGGUCGCCUGGGGUCAAAGUUCAACAACAUGUCGGACGAUGACGACGAAGAAGACAGCAGUGACUGAGGAUCGUAACGUCCUCCCGGUGGCCUGCCUCGUCCCACGUCAAGGAGGUUUCUUUCUCCUCCCAGAUGAUCGAAUCAUGCUCCACCGUGAGAUGAAUUCCACCUCCGAGGAUUAAUUCAGUUUCUAUAUCAAACCAAAAUAUUUUCUUUUUUUUUUUCUCUAAUUCCAGCAGGGAUAAAUAUUUUCCUGAACACAGUGAUUUAAAGAAUGAAAUGUGGAAUUAACUGGGUGACCAGCAGGAUUUCGAGGAAACGUUGUGACUCUUCAUGGCUUCCACUUUGCUCAGUCCGCCCCCUAAUCUCGUCACCCUUAAUUAGACUGCAAUUAGUCACUACAGAACACAAUGGUGCUGAUGAGAAACACCCCCUUCCCUCUGCUGAAGUUCAUUUCAUCUGAGAGGCUUUUGUUAAUCCACUCUUUUUCUUUUUUCUUUUAUGGCCGUGAACUACACAAGGUGAUUGCUUGUAAUUUCUGCAGGGAAAAGCAAAUGUUUGGGCUCUAACCUUUUAUGUCCUCUGUCCUUCAGGUAUAGCAACAAACAGGGCUUUUUUUGUAAUAGAAGUUUGAUCACCAGCAAAAUGUGGAGCUAAAGCAAAUAUCCCUUUUCAUAAACAACAAAAUGUUGAUGUCACGCUUUUCUAGUUGACCUAAUAUAGUUUCUUCUGACACAGUGAGUUUGUGUGGUUCGCUAAGCGUCCGCUCUAAAAGCUAACUCUUCCCAUCACCUAUACUGUCACGUAGUGCCUUGUAGAACACUUGAGCUCAGCCUUCAGUAAGAAAAAGGUUAUUUGUUAAUGAAUCCAGACUGCUAUAAAACAGGGGCUUCAUGAUAGUUUUACUCUGAAACGCAUUACACAGGAUGGAGUUGUUGCUUGGUUUUUUGAGUGUGUGCUGUAAACAGAAGAGAGGGGAGGUUACUGGCCGUCCGACAGACAGGGAGAGCUCAAUUAGGACUUUUCCUGAAGAGUUUUUGUUUUACCAGACAAAAACACUUAAACCUAUCGCUCUAGAAAGAGAAUAUGUUUGAGCGUUUUCUAGAUUUUUCAGUUUGAGCUUCCUGAACCUGGCCUCCAUGUGUCCACUUACAUACCAGAAAGUUUAUAUGAGUUUAUAUAAGUCUGUUUUGCAGGCGAGUGAAGUUCAGAACAAUGGAAGAAGUGGGGCGAUCUCCCUCUCUGCUUCGAACUGCUUGUCACAAGGCAAGGAGGUGAUGGUGAAGAAACCAGGGGUAGAACAGACUGCAGGAAGCCCAGCGGUCAUUUAUUAGAGAUUUUGUUUUCCUCAAGAUGAAAUGAGUUAUAGCGUUAGCAGAGUUAUUAUUCUCCAAAGAUACAUGUAAACAUUGUAAAUGUUAGUGGGAAAUGUAAUUAAAUUAGGAAAGUCCUCCCCAGCAAGGCUGUAAAACCCACAUCCUGAAUCAGAAUAUAGUGGCUGCUCGUUUUAAGUUCCGGCUCGUAAAGUUCUUCUAGUGGAGGAGGCCUAAAUGUAGAAGCUGGAAGUUUCCUCCUCCGUCACGGAUGGAAACUCCCACAAAUUUUGUUUGCAGGUUAGAUGGAUUCAUGAAAUUUUGGCUGGAGCUGUGAUUUAAUGUCUCAUUUAAGUUUGGAUCAGGAAUCAUGUAAUGCUUCAGAUAGAUUCAGGGAUCAGCAGCUAAGGUGCUCUCAAACACUGACAUUCCAGUGGAAUGAGUGACGUGAAAUGCAAUAAAAAGGAAGUCUUAGGGCCUGCUUGUGUUUUCUUUUUAAAAUCACAUGAUCUUGUCUUGCAUCAUAGUUUGUGUAAUAACUUGCGCAGUAGUUUAGGUAAUUGGCAUUUACUGGAAAAUAAAUAGUCAGGAAAUCAUUGCAUCGUCUUCCUGUCAGCGACGCUUCCCUGCGCUGCUCUGAGGUCACAGGGCCACAAAACAAACGCACCCUUUUCUGAACUGUGCUCCUCCCGCCUGCUGGAACUUUCUCUCCACGGUCGGCGCUAACACAAGCGAACGUGGCCGUGCGUGCCCUCCUUCCUUUUCUCGUGUCCUCUUCUCUCUUCUUUCCCUUUUUGUUUUCAUAAGCAGAACUUUCCUCUGAAAAGCACAGUCUACUGAUCAUGUGACAUGUUUGUGUCCUAAAUCAUGUGAUCAGACACUGAACCAGGAAGUGAAAAGGCAGGGGAAUUAGUAGUGAACUGCAGAGCGUUCAGGUUCAGUUACUCACAGAUGUUCAAGUCAUCAGUUUCAGCCGGAGUUUCUCUUCCCAGUGACUCGUGAAGGGUUUCAUUCCUGCGGGCCGGAUGACUCAUCUCACACUGACCUAUAUUCCUGAAGUUUCAAAAAUGUGAUCAGUCUUUACAAGUGGGCACGGGUCGUUUUGGGAGCCAAAAACAUUUUUAACAAAUUAGCAAAUGAUUAAAUUAGUUUUCAGUUAAUUUUCUUCCCAGGAAGGCAUUUUAAAGGGCUUCGCAGGUCCAUUUAGUUCCGAGACAAGGCCUAGGACUCUGAUACUACUGGGACAAUCAGUCCUGGUCCAAAUUAUAUUCAGUUUGAUUGGGUCAAGAAGGGUCCUGUGGUCUCACUGCAUGUCGCAAAGGGCAAUACACACCAGCAGCAUCUUUAAGGCGUCAAAUCUGCACCGUACCCUGACGCGCACCUCCCCUAAAUAUGUAACUAUACGUUGCAGUUAUUGGUAGGCUUGGUAGCAUCGCAUUUCCUCCUUCUGCCUCCAUCGGUUCAAGGGUCGUACACACCAUCUCCUCCGACGCCUUCUCUUGGAUCUGUGUUUAGUAAUUACACUAAAAGUAACUGCUCCGCUCAGCUUCAACUCCAACUCCAACAUGAUCCGCUCAGUUUCAGUCGUCAUUGUUUGUAGUAGCCUACUCCAACGCAGAAGAAGAAGAAAGUCAACACAGUGGAACAUAGAUACCCCACCGCCAGCCAACGUUUUGGUGUUGUAAUUGCAGAGCCUACACUCGACGCAGAUAUAUAAAUCGGCCUUAAUGUGCGUCAUCGUUGCACCUCAACUCUCAAAAAAUAUUUGCUCUCUUGAUGGACACAUCCAGCUACUGUACAGCACAGCUGGUGUGGGAUGCGUUCAUCAAAUGGCACCUGUCAAAUUAUAAAAUAAAGGUUGUCACACCCUCUUUACUCCCUGUUUACCAAAUUUCUGCUCUUUAAACGGCACUUUGAAAAGUAAAAGUGCUUCCUGCUAACAGUUCCACCAUGUAAGGUAUCACAUUUUUGUAGAUGCAAAAAUAAACAGGCGUGUGACACAAGAGGGAGUGUAUGAAAUCUCAAUUUACUGCUCAACAGUGUAUAAUUUUAUUGUAAAGGGAGAAGUGAACAAGGGAAUGAUUUCAGUUCUGGUCUACAGCAGGUGUGUCGCAACAGCUGCAGUUCUCCGUCCUCGUGUAAUUUGAAUACAUUCAAGCACCUGUGAACUGAACUCGAAAGUUCUUUAAUAAAGCAGUUUGUGUUGCUGCGAGAUAUGAUCUGUUCCUCAGGCCGGUGUUGGCCGUUACGAUCCUCAGAUUCAGAUCUCCGUUCCCGUCAGACGUCCAUGAAACACACAACUGAAACACUUCUGUGCAGACAGCCGGUCAUACCUGACUGGAUCCGCUCUGAUCAUGUGGGGUGUCUUUUCAUCACAGGAGGAAAACGUGUCAUUUGAGGCAGACGGAGAGUGAUCCGCAUCCUGAUGCUGCUGGUGUUCUUGCUCUGUUUUGGGUUUGUUGGACCAGGUCUGACAGAUCAGAUCUCUUCUCAAAUGAAUGUGCGUUUUUUUUUUUUUUUUUUUUUUAGUUUCCACUGUCAGAGGUCAUUUUAACGUUUUUGGACCCAUUAAGCCCUUUGUUAAUUAAAACUGAGGAGCUGAAGUGCUUCAGGAACAGCUCAGAUGUUGGAAUGAAACUCUUCAGAGAGUUGCUUUAAAAUACAAAACAGUAAAAGUGAUGAGAUGUCUCUGAGUUCAUCACUGGAAACAGGAACCAUGUUAUUUCACCUUUACCUGAGAUCAACCAGGGAAACAAAACAAGUUGUAGCUGCAUCAUAACAGAAGCUGAACAGCUCAACCUUUACAUGUGGCACUCCCACAAGUGUCUCCAGAUGUUUAUCUACAUUUUGACUGCAAACAGUUGGAGCAUUAUCUUUGUACACAGUCUGUUAUUUCACAUGUUUGAUGAGGUCGCAGUGGCGAGCGACGCCUCGUCUGAACUGCACCUCAAAGCAGCAGAACAGGGAGAAGAAAGGGAUCGUUUUCUUUUUAUGUCGUUUGAUUUUUACAGAUUUAAGUUUAAGGUUUGUGCUGCUGCAGUAAAGCAACCUAAGUGAUUAGAGAAAAAAAGAACACGGUAAUGAUCACUAACCAGCUGUCCUUUAUUACUCACUGUGGUCGAGGUGGUGCUGAUGGAGGAGACGACUCCACCGUCAAAACGCAGAAGCACAAAGUCCGGCCUCAGGUUUGCUGUGGAUUGCACUUAACAAAGCUGGCACACUGACUUUGAUCCAGGUUGAGUGAUUACUUCAUACGGUCGCGUCGGCAGUGAGUCUGAUGGAUGUGUUAAAAUGAACCCUCAUGUUUUAAUCCUGUUGAUUUAUUUUGUACAGAUGUGCUUUGGGUUAUUUGAUUUUGUUGUAUAGUUAAGAUCAGUUCUGAAAUGACGCUGUUUCAGGUCUCCCUGUGCUCAGACACCUUCCUCCUCCUCCUCCUCCUCCUCAUGUCAGUCACAUCUCAGCAGCAUCUGCAGCCGUUUCAAAGUGAAGUCACCACUGAUGUUUACCAGCCAACCACAUCCGUGUUUGAAUGAUCCCUGUUCCUCAGGCAGGGUUGCAGGUUUGCACUCCUCCUGUUGACAAAGUCGGUGUGUUUACAUGCACUUAAGUAACCAGGUUACUGGCGAACUUUCUCCAGUAAGCUCAUUAAACGUCAUGUGAACAAGAACUGGUUUCUGUAUUCAGGGCAGGGGAGAGGAGAAACCUGAGACCCCCAGGCAGAAUUCACCUGGAGAAAACCAGUUUUCUAUUCGUCUUUUUACAGGUAUGCAUGUGCAAGGACAAAGACUUCAGACAGGGAAAGCCUCUGGACGUCUGAAUAAGUCAUUUCCCCUGCUAAACAUUUGACUUUUUGUCAAAUUCAGACACUUUGGAGCUCUGUCCUCACACGGCAUCCUCAGCCUGCUCUGACUCAGGAACACACACCAAAAAAUAAAGCAAAAAUCCAAAAUGUGCCUGUAGUAGUAAACUGGUUUCUCCGAGUACACCUGUUUUCUGAAGUGCACCUAAACGCAUCGUUGGUCUCUCCUGCUGCAGCCUGAAAGAGAAAAAUAAAAAAAAAACUCAAGUCUGUCAGCUGGUAGACAAACAGAAACUGAAUCUCACACAUUCCUGACGUUUUCCAGCAACUCGUCCAGCUGUUAGUUUGUUCACGCUGUGAGCAGCACGCUUUACAGGAGGAUCUGUUCGGGCUUUUGAAUAUAUUAACAAGAUUAGGAAAAUGUAAACAAAUCAUAAAUGCAAUGGCUUUGAUUUUUGUCGCUGUUCGGAGGACUUUCCUCAUCACCUCCUUAAGUUUUGAAAUCACCUUGUUCACAGGAUGUUUCCCAAGUAUUUGCAUUCAGGUGCAAAGUAAGUACACAUUUAACUAGUGCACCAGUGCUACUGUAGGUUAAGAAACAGGUUCACACCAGACACUUUCUUCUUGUUAGCCGCUGUUCAUCACUACCUUUAAGCCGUUAAACACAUUUAGUGUGUUUCCUUAUGACAGAUAAAUGGAAGUUAAGUUAUAAAUUGUUGCUUGCACGGCUUGCUUGUGAUGCUUUUUUGCAAUCUGUCACUGUUUCUACCCCUUCAGUCCAGUGCAGAUAUGUUUUCUGUCUUUCCAAUACCCAGCAUAACCCUCUAAGACUCUUUAGGUCCAGCUUUCGUCACAUUGUGGUGUUAUAACACAGUGACACAUGCAUUUACGGCUCUGUUUAAUGUCCUGAGUGUUUCUGAAUUAACCAGAUAAUGAGGAUCACUCUGAAUGGGCUACACAGUCAAUUUCAACACGUUAUCAUGUUAGAAAUAGUAGUUUGACCCCCCAAAAAGGUUCACUUACUAGUUUUUCUAGAGCUCUCAACCCCAUCUCUCAAUCAGAAGUAUCUGUGAGAGAGCCAUCUGCUGAGAAAUGCUAAGUCCUGCUUGUUGAAAGCUCCAGAAGAACCCUGGAAGUGGACCUUGAGUCAGCUGUCGCUCAUAGUCUGAACACGCAGCUGCAGGUUAGUGAGACUAGACUGCGUUUUCAGGUGUGACUUAAUUAAAGAAAAGCUGCAGAUCCUGAGAUUUAAAAACACAAAAAAAAACUGCUGAGGAUACAAAAUCAUGAGAGGAGACAUCUUGGGAGGAGAGGUCAUCAUGUUUUGGUUUUGUUGUGCGAGCCUGUCUCGUGUUUUUUUUUAAAGCUCUCGCUAUGUGACGGUGUUUUGUUUUUUUUUAGUUUUUGUUGUAGUUCUUUUUCUUUGCGGGGGAAAGGGUCAUAUUAAUUAUUUUUAAAAGCUUCUAAAAAGGGCUUCAAUCAGAAUGUAACCCAGCAUAUAAUUGUACAAUACUAAUUCAUUCAGAAACCUUUGAGUAUAUAUUAUAUAUAAAUAAUGUAUUGCUUAAAGCCGGA